AUGUGGAAAGGUCACUCUACUUGUCGUCGUCCAAACCCCCGGAGAAAGCACCACUAUCAAAGAUUAUCUCCAUCUUCACUUCUAGCUGAAAAUGAAAAGAAAUUCACUCUUCUCUAUCUCGCAAUCGGAGGUGGCUCUAUCUCAAUUGGAGAACAUCGCAAGAAACUUGCUAUUGAAAAGGGUCGAGAUCCAACACCAAGCGAGUUACAUUUGCACGUCCAUACGCAUGGUAAUGAUGGAAAAUCUUUUGUUGGUGAACGCUCUCAAAUUGUCCAUGAAAAAUAUGAAGAAAUAUUACGGGAGAAAACAACCUCUCAAUAUGAUAUUGAUCAAUGUGAAGCAUACUACCAAGCUGCCGGGGGAGAAAAGAAGAAAAGAAUAUACGGUCUUGGAUCUAAAGCAAAAACUUACUACGGGCAUAAUCUUUGUGCCUCAUCAUCUGUAGCACCUUCAGUUUCACAAUCAACAUCGACAAGAAAUAUGGAUGUGUUUGUAAAGGAAAUGAUUUCUGCCCUUACUAAUCAUUUUCUUCCAGUUAUUAUGGAGCGGGUACAACAAGUGGUUACUCCCAUUGACAAUCCAUCACUUGUGACACCCAUGGUGCCUCCUGCUAUUACUAAUGAGGAGGAGGUUGAUCACGUAGUUUCAAGUGAUGAGGGUAUCCCUUAAUUAGUCUCAUGUAGAUUUAAUUUUUGAUGUUGACUGUCUUUUUGAAAAGUACAAAUUGUUGCGAUGACAAUAGUUGAUGAAUGUAGGUUCUCUUAAGAAUAGUUGAUAGAUUGCUUUUGAUGUUUUGCACCGAAAGUAUGUGAUUUGGAAUUUGCUAUCUACAACUUUUGAACCCUCUAAAUAUUAUUUUAUAUGAA